ACCGGAUAUCGAUUAAUAGAUUCACUCAGUUACCGACCAAUCAGGACUGUUGUUAACAUCAGGAUUUUUAUAUUAUCUUUAUAAAGACAGCUCAUUAUUCCCACUCGUAGUAAAAACUACAAAGAAACCGACAACAUCAUAUAAAUCAGACUGUAGUGUGACACGAUCAUAUAAGUAAUGGCUUGUGAGCGUUUUUUGAAUUUCAAGCCAAUCGAUGAACCCUCAUGGAGAAAGCGUGAUAGAAGAUAUGAAUGUGUACCAAGGGUCAACGAAAUGAUAAAAGAUAUUGUAAAAUAUCAUGAAAGAUGGGAAAUGAAAAGAGGAAAAACAGUAAAAAAAGGCUUUGCAGAAGCAAAACGUGAAAUAGUUUUAGAGUUCCUUUUCCGACUACAGCAAGAUCAAGGUAUUGGACUUAAUGACCAAGGAACGUUUGAGGAGAUUUUUAACGCCGAAAUGAAUAGAAAGGGACGUAAACGAGAACGCUCUUUAUCUGGAGAAGAUUCAUCGAAUAAGAAGAAACAUAAAGAGUUAUUGAAAAAACAACCGAUAAACGAACAAGCCAGUAAUAAAGAUGUCAACGACGAAGAGAGUUUACCAAGUUCUUUGGAAACUGGAGAUUACUUUUUAAAUAAUUCGAAAGACGAAGGGCAUGCUGAAGACCAUAAAAGAAUUGAAUCCAUAAAUUUGUUGCGUGGUUAUAAGCACUUAAAAAAUGAAUUAAACAAAUUAUCAGGUGAAGAACAAUCUGGAUAUGUUGGUGAAAUAGACGUCGAGACGUGCAUACAGGAAUGUCAUGAGGUUCUAAUGCGUGAUUUGCUCGAUGAAACUAAAACUCGACCUGGAAAGUUCAGUGUUCUACCGAGAUCAGCAAAUAUUGAUGGAGAAGUUUUCUUUUACCCGUCGUAUGCCACUGAAGAAAUUGCCUUUAAAGCAGUUGAUACAAUUGUUUUGGAAUACAACAAGAUGGUGAAGGAAAUAUCAAUGAAGGUGGAUAAACAUGUAAAAAUGGAACUUUCUCUCAAAUGUGCUUCCGUAAUGCUUUUUGCGUUUUUAUCACUUCAUCCGUUUUCCGACGGCAAUGGUCGACUUGCUCGAUUAUUAUGCAGUCAUUGUUUAAAAGUAUUCUGUCCGUUCCCAACUUCGAUUUAUAACGUGUUUUCUCCUUCUAACAGAGAUGACUAUCUAAGGGCAAUUAAAAAUGCUAGACAGCAUUCAAAAAUCAAUCAUGACCAAAUACAAUAUAGUGAAGAAGCCGCAAAAGAAGCUGAGUUAAUUUUAGAACAGAAUCCAAAUGAACUUUGUUCUCUGGUAAUAGAAAGUAACUGGUUUACAUGGCGACAAUUUCUACAUAGAAUAGGAGAAGACAUUAAUCUGUUUGAAUUUGAAAUUAAGACUCAAGAAAUUAGUGUAUCGUAAAAUACUUAUCAUUUAAACUGUAUCGAUCACGUCAAUGGAGAUGUUUUUAGUUUUUAAAAGAGUUUACGUAGGAGUAUAUCUUUCAGAUUGAGUCGCAUAAAUAUACUAUCCUGAUACAAAUACAGUUUCUUCUUCAUCAUUUAUCGAAAUUUACAUCGAAUUAGCCAACAGUGUUUCUCUCAGUGCUAGAUUUCAAUUUUGAAAUAAUGAUUGUCCACAUGUAAGCAGCAAUAUAUCAACUUCAUCCGCAUGUGAAGAAUAUCUCGUUAUUUUUCACAAAAAGUUCAUCAGAAAGUACAAUACCUAAAUGACAAAUAUUUAGUGUCUACUUCACAAUAAUUACAAUAUGAUCUUGAGUUUUAGAUACUACGUGCUGAAGUUAUGUAUUUGUUUUUAUUUACAUGACAGUUUUCACUUUAUUUGUCUUCGUGCUACUUUUUUCUGUUGGUCGUAUGACUUUUAACGUGCAGGGUUUAAUGCGCCUCACACUAUCGUUUUUUUUUACUAUGGUGUUCCUGCUGCAGGUUGGUAAUUAUGUGCCAUUUGGAUGCAAGAAGUUUUACAGAGUUGAUUCGGUGUUGUUUACCCAUGUAUUUAUAUUUUACUCAAUUUGUACAAAAGUGCAUACAAUAUAUAUGACAUGGUCUAUCAACAACAAAAGCCUUUAUGUCGGUGUCUUUGGCAAUAUGCUACAAACUACAAACACUUUAGUUGAACACUAUUAUAAUUAAUUUUAUAUAAUGUUGACGUCAUUGUUAUCGUUUCUAUCAACUAUGUUUUUGUGGGCGUAUUUGCCCGAUUUUUUUGUAAAUAUAAAAAAGAAGAUGUGGUA